CUCCUGCGCUCAUCUCACUGCUCUCGACAUUUUUGUUGUUGUUAUACCACUCUUCAUUAUGACUGGAAUCGAUAAUCCUUCCCAACCUCUCACAAUUCAACAAAAGGAGCUAUUAGUCAAACAAAAUUCUUUAUCCAAUAACGAGCGACAAUCUCGAACACGCGUCUCGGACCUCGCCAGAACUCUUUUCAGCAAAUUGGCGAUAAUUCCGAAAAUUAAGAAGAUCCACGAAAUCAAGGCCAAGAACGAGGAGCGUAGGAUGAAAGAUUUAGCUUUUUUGCAAGGAGACUCCCCGGAUCCAGCCUCUCCUCAAGCUUCGGUAUGGGAUCUCUCGACAGACGAAUAUCAAGAGCUGGUAGAUUCGAAGGAAAGACUAGAGGAGGCGAAGCCUUAUCUUGAAGGCAAGGUAUACAAGGAGCUGCUAGAAGAACAGAAGAAGAUGGAGCCAAAGGCUUCAUCUGACGAGGGAGACCAGAGCAGACUAUAUGCUCUCGAUUUCGAAGAAGUCGAGUAUAGCUCAAUGGAUUCUCCCGAAAUUGAUUUUCCUACAGACCUUAUUAUCUCACUAAACCACAAUCCCAGAAAAUCCCCUCCUCUCGGCAUCUUCCUCCCUGACAAUCUCAAGAUCAUAGUCCGAGAACUCGCUAGUAUCAAGACAAAAAAAGUCGCGUCGAUUCUUCGCUCAGACAAGAAAGCCACCAUCCUCGACCUCGACGACCUCCUCAGUAAACUCAAAAUCAAACCCGACGACGCUUUCGAAGGUCUUCCCGACGCUUACGACUGUAUUGAAGCCAUGGAUGGCCUCUGCAGAUUUGAGGCCAUCAGAGACUCUAAAGGGGAGAAAGGCAUUCAUUACAUGUUUAUGCACGCUCACUGCCUCUAUUUCAAGAACAAGCCAGACUCGAAGAAGUAUUACAAAUGGUGGAAGCCAGUCGAACUCGAACUUCGACAAAAACGUUUCGAAAGUAUGGUGAAGUUUAGCAGACAGGCAUACGACGAUCAAUGGAUCCUCAUGCAGGCAAAAGCGGACGGUGAGAUGGCCGCAGAGGCGAGGUGGGCUGACCUCGAAGCGAAGAUGGCGAGGUUCCGUGAAGACGAGUCGCGAAAGCGCAGGUCAUAUCCAAACCGCGACGACGACUCAAAGGACUUUCGCACUCGCAAGCCCUUUCGGUCUGGCAAUGGAGGCGGCCCAUCCUCGGACCUCCAUUGCAUCGCUUGCUCACUCCGGGGACACUCGGCGAAGACACACAGCACGUCGGACCCUUCUCCGCUCUGGGCAAGCCUCAGGUCCAAAAUGCUCUACCACCCGACCUCCAACAAACCCCUCUGUGGAAGAUUCAAUAUCUUCGGCACUAGCAAAGGCGACAGAGACGGCAAAUGCUCUGACUGUAAAGCGGAGCACGUCUGCUCGUUCUGUGGAAGAUCAGAACACUACGCCCUCAGCUGGAAGUGCCAACAGAAACCCAGCGAGCGUCGCUGAAUGGCUCGAAAUGGCUCGCCAUCCACCUUUAAAGUAUACCAAUUUUUCCUCUCUCAUUCACCGCCGCGUACAUCCAAAAUCCACUCCACCCGAACUUCUGGAUCUUUUUUCUCGCAUCAUCACUCCAUACGAUCCCUCGGCCUUCCUGCAAAAACUUAAACUUCAUAACCUCUUCCAACACUAUCCUCUUCUCAUAGACAACCUUCGUAACGGUUUUCCGCUAGGCGCAAUGCCCAUCCUCGAUACCACUAUCAUCAUACCAAACAAUAAAUCCUGCCUUGAGCACCCCGAAACAAUGACUGAAUACAUCACCGACGAGCUUAAAGACGCUCGUUUUUCUGGCCCUUAUACCAAAGAGAUUAUGGAACAGAUUAUGGGUGGCGCGUUCUACGCCUCCCCUUUCAUCGUGGCAGUCCAAGAUCAAGGACCAGGUCUUCCGAUGAAAAAGAGAAUAUGCCGACAUCUUUCCAAGGACUCUCGCCUCCUUCCUGCCGUGAACUUUUUCAUUGACAAAAUUGACUUUCCUACACAUUUCGACAUGGCCACCGGCUUCGCCGACAUGGUCGCUUGCGCCCCAGAGGGCUUUCAAGCUUGUACAGUUGACAUUGCCAAAUUUCACCGGACCUGCCCAGUGCUACCGCAUCAUAAGCCAUUCCUGGUAGUUCAAGGGAAUCCAGGUGAAUUCUACAUUGAUAACAACUUCCCGUUUGGAGCCGCUUCAGCCAGUUCGAAUUCUGGAAUGAUAGCAAAUGCGAUGGUCGAUAUCUGGCGAGCAGAGGGGAUACAACCAAUCAAAAAGUACGAGGAUGAUAUUAUCGUCGGUCGUUGUCCCAGACAACGCAAACUAACCGACGGAUCAUACAUCGAGAUCAAUCUUUUGCAACACCCUCACUCCUCGUUUCCAUUCGAUCCUCAGACUCUACUUCCUUUCGACCCCGACGACCCCGAUAUAUCCCUGUUUCGCUACGAUUACGAUAAACCCAACAUGAUGGAACGCAUCAGCUGCCUUCGUACUCCAUGGCAUCCCACCAAGGGUGACCAGUUCUUCGUCUGGCUCACAGUAUUCCUCGGCUUUCUAUGGGAUCUUCCCAGACGAAGAGUAUCCCUCCCUGAAGCAAAGCGCCAAAAGUAUCUAUAUCGGAUCUCCUCCUUCGCCGAUCGAUAUAGUGGUGUACAGUGUCCGCUAGAAGAAAUAGACAGGAUCCACGGUACACUAUGUCAUUGCGCCUUCAUCUAUAGAGAGGGUCGUACACAUCUGGCUUCACUCUCCAAUUUCGGUGCCACCUUUAGAGGUGACCGUUUUAUACGUAGAUGGGUUCCCAGAUCAGUUAAAGAAGAUAUACAAUGGUGGUCAAUAGUACUUUCCGACGCCACCUUUUACAGACAACUUCGCCCUAAAAGACCAAUACUAGACCUUGGUAUCUA